AUGUUUGAAGGACUCUUCAGAGGACUCGACGGGGGAGAGGGUGAAACCGGAGUGCGAGGCCUGCCAGGAGACAAAGGCUACCCCGGAGAGAAGGGCGAGAGGGGCCAGCCUGGCGAGUGUGCCGUGGCUCCUAAAUCGGCCUUCAGCGUCAAACUGUCCCCGAGCCUGGCCCUCACUGUGGGCGACGCAGUCCGCUUCAACACCGUCCUGAUCAACGAGCAGGGCGACUACAACUCAGAAAACGGACGCUUCACCUGCAAGGUCCCUGGAGUUUAUUACUUCGCCGUCCACGCCACGGUGUACCGCGCCAGCCUGCAGUUCGACCUGAUGAAGAACGGACAUGUCGCGGCCUCCUAUUUUCAGUUUUACGGCAACUGGCCCAAACCGGCCUCUCUGUCCGGCGGCUCCCUGCUCCACUUGGUCCCCGGGGACCAGGUGUGGGUCCAGAUGGCUCUCUCAGAGUACAACGGCUUUUACUCCAGCACCAAAACAGACAGCACCUUUACCGGCUUCCUGGUCUACUCUGACUGGAAGAACUCUGCUGUUUUUGCAUGA